AUGCCAGACGAAUACUCAGGCUUUGCGCAUUGGGACCUCGAAAACAGCGACUCUGAUUCGUUUGACGAGGACGAUGAACCAGUGGUUCUGCCUAGAUGUUGCCUAUGUCAAUUCAAGUUUGAGCUGUUGGACUCCAUUGUUGUUUUCAACCCUCAGAAUCGUUACUUGCCACCAAUCUGGGAAGGACAAUAUUUUGGAAACGGCGAAACUGUAUCCAUGGAGAAUGGUUACCACUCGUCUUGCGUCAACCAGUUUACUGUGGAUUUCUCGCUUGACGACAACAUCGGUGACGCCAUCUGCAACGUAACUCAUUACCGAAACUUUGGAGAUUUCGUCAAGGAACCUCUUGCAUCUUUUGAAACAAAUCGUCUACGCCGGUUGAAGGAGAUGCUUGCCCAAGAGUUCAUGAAUAUCAUCGGAGGUCGUCUUCCACUUGAGGUCUGCGAGAACAUUGGGAGCCACUGCUUGAGAGACUACGCAACGAGGCUCUUCAAAGAUGCUUGGGCAAAGAAAGGCCAUUUUGGGGCUCGGGAUGCCGCAGUCCGCGUCACCAAGUCCCAUGCCAUAUGGGCACAACGCAUCGAGUUUGAGGGCAUCCAAUACAUCAAGUCUCUCUCUACGACUCGCAGAAAUCAGAGCGACACGAAGCUCUUCGAGGCUACAGACGGCACACGCGUAAACAUCUACUUCGCCGAAGACCCCUUGGGUAUCCGUGAAGUUGUCAUGACUAGGGAUGACAAUACCGUAUUGGCUCAAGGUGAGAACUUGUCAUGGGUUAUCAACCGUGGAGUGGCUCUUCCAUUCUGGUUCAAACUCGAGUCUGAUGGUCUCAAACUGCGCAACUUGGCCAUGACCAAGACAAAGAAAGCGGUGGCCAACUACCAACAGAGGCGCUGGGCUGUUCUGCCCCAGCACUUGGGUAGCUGCCAAUUUGCUCCACCACCAGGUUAUGACAAUCUAACUGAGGAGAAGCCGAUCCGCGCAGUCGACUGGAAUUUACCCGGAUGCCGCGGUUAUUCCGUUCUCAUGGACGCAGACUGCGUCCGCGACAUUGUCCCGAACAACGGGGGAGGAUCAUCUUCACGGUUAAUGGAUACGAACAUCAACCAUGCAGGUGCUUGGGUUUACAUACCCAUCGAUCCAGACGAGCAGGUCGUUGAGCUUUGGCGCCGCUACUUCGAAUUCCCCUCAAGUCCAAACUUAACAAUGCUCAGAUCUCUUCUUAUUCGUACAAAUAAAGGCCGCAGCUUUUUUCUCGGUUCCCAUAGCGCAAGUCACUAUACUAGCGGGCGGGAAAGCCGGCUAACCUACCAUGCGAUCGCUGAGUUAUCGCCAACCGAGCCAACUCGAAUGUUCUAUGGCAAGACCGAAAAUCUGAGGUUCUGGCUGGGUUUCGAACAAGUCGCGACUCGGGACCUGAACGCCGUCAUAUCAUCCGUGAAACCAGCCAUGCCUAUUGCAUGCUCCAACGCAGACUUCUUUACGUCAACUGCCAACCUUCAAAAUGUCAGGACAAUUUCCGUAUGCCGGGGCUGGAGAGAGUGUCUGGUCCUGAGCCACGCAGACCCUCCGGGUGAAGGCAUUGCCGGCAUGCUCCUCACAUACGCCGAUGGGCGCCAACGAUCCGUCGGUCAAAUCCGACUUGAUUACAUGGACCCGCCUCUUGUGGUGACUUCAGGAAAGUUUUGGCUUGGCAGCGACAAGUCAGAAGAAGAACGUCUCUCAGGAGGCUUCUGGCCCUCAAGAUCCAACAUCAAUUGGGUUGAGGUGGACACGCCUUUGGAAGAUGAGAAACGAGAGUACUUUGAAGUACCGCUUACGGGUUCCCUUGAAUGGCAUAGCUACAUGGCUGGGGAUUACUAUCGCCACUUGGUCAUCCACCAUGAGAGCAAUAAACUACAGGAUAAGGUAGAUGAGAUUGGUGAGAUGUUGGCCCGUGAGGUUGAGUCUGGAGAACUUGGUCCGGCGGUGGUCAAAGCGAUCUCUCUCGAGUUUUAA